AUGGAUACUAUGAAUGAAGUUGGGUCUGAUGAUAAUAAUGUUAUAUUAAAUAAUGAUAUAAUAGCAAAUAAUCUUUUUGCUUCUGAUAAUAUAAUAGAUAAUAAAAUAUUACCUAAUUUUGAUAUAUUAGAAGAAGUAGAUUUUACAACAACUGAAACACCUUUUGAUGACAAUAUUAAUUUUGAUAAUAUUAAUUUUGAUAAAUUAUUAGAAAAUAAAUUAGAUAAUAAUAGUUCAGAAAAUUAUAAUUUUAUAGUAGAAAAAGUCAAAAUAGCAUUAUACAAAGCAUUACAAUAUUAUUAG